AAUAGCAUUCAUUAAAGGGUUAAAAUAUCCAUAAUACCCUUGUUUUAAAAUUAAUUAAACAAACAUAAAAAAAGAAAAAAAAAAUCAGAAAUGCAUCUCUCUCUCACGCGACGUCGAUCUCGAUCUCUUCGACGGGAAGCGACGGCGGCGACGCUCUCCGAUUUCGAUCGCCGGAGGUAAUCCAGCGGUGGUGCAGGAGGAGAGUCUUCAUCGGGAACUGCUUCCGUCACCCCGCGAAGGUGAUAAGGAGGUUCCUGAAACUGAGAUCUGUGGAGCUUAGGGGAAACCGCACUUCGCAGACUUUAAUCUGGUGCCGGAGGGAUGGGGAGGGUACGUGUAUCCGUGGAUAGAGGCGAUGUCGACGUCGUACACAUGGCUGGAGGAGAUAAGGCUGAAGAGGAUGGUGACAAGUCUCGUGACCAGCCAGGACCACGGGAGUUUUCAAAUCAGUGCCUGAUAAAGAGAAACAAGAGGACAUCAACCUUCUACUUGUAUCUCACCCUCACUCCAUCAUUCACUGAUAAGGGGAAGUUUCUUCUGGCGGCAAGAAGGUUCAGGACCGGAGCUUACACUGAGUACAUUAUAUCACUUGACUUUUCACUAGUGGAUGGGGAAGUUUCUUCUGGCGGCAAAGCUCUCUACUUUUCACUCACAUCCCUACUAAUCUAUGUGUGUGCGUGUGUGUUUAUUCUCUAACAGAUUGUGAACCUUCACCACAUGUUGUCAAAGGCUGUGAUUAGGUCCAAUCCUAGUGUCUUAUGGUGCUACAAGGACAAAUUUGAUAUCAGCAGGUUCGCUUCUUGAUGCCAAAGUCUCAAGCCUUAGCUCUGGAGAGUGAAUUGAAAGUUUAUAACUUUGUCAUAUUGUUAAUAUGUCAUUCGUGUGAUUUUCUGGAUGGCUAUCCUAAAGUUUUUUCAAUAAUUCUAUAAAGAAAGCAUUUUCAGGAUGGGUUUCC